AUGUUCAACGCGCUCAAUCGGUUCAUGUCCCGCCUGGACGGCGGCGAACCACAGCACCGGCAACACGAGCGGGGGUCGUUUGGCUUCCAGGUCCUGAGGAACACGAAUCUGCAGCUUGCUGUCGAGCCGUGGUUUGACUUUAUCGUUGGAAUCAAUGGAAGACCAAUCGACGAUCCGAACCCGAGUCUUUUCGCCCAAGAAGUACAGAACUGUGCCGGAGGGACAGUAACGCUGGGGCUUUGGAAUGCCAAGGGUCAACGUACGAGAGAGAUGCACAUCCCCGUCCCCAGCGACAGCGCCUCGCUUGGCCUUUCCCUUCAAUACGCGCCAAUUGCACUCGCCGCAAACAUUUGGCACGUCCUUGAUGUCGCACCAAACUCGCCCGCCGAUAACGCCGCUCUUCUGCCGUACAGCGACUACAUCCUGGGCAGCCCUGAAGGCGCUCUCCAUGGCGAAGGCGCCCUUGGAGAGCUGGUUGAGGACCACAUUGGCCGGCCCCUGCGGCUGUACGUCUACAAUAACGAAUACGAUGUGACAAGAGAGGUCACGAUACAACCAAGCAGAGGCUGGGGCGGAGAUGUGAACGCGCCAGGGGAAACAAUGUUUGAUGGAGCUAUGAACGAGAAGUCGGAGAGCGCUUUUGUUCCUGCAAACUCUGCUCCGCCGCCGACGUCAGGGGGAGAGUUUCUUGUCCCCGCGCAGAUGGUCGACUCAACGCCAUCCGGCCCCCCGCGCUCUGGAAAGAAGAAGGAGCGCCAUGGUCAUAGCCCUAACCAGCUGAUGGAUGACUACUUCAAGGAGGAGGAAGCGAAGAGCCGGGAGGUGGACAAUGCGCCGACAUCGAAAGGUUCGGGUGUUCCGCCACCGCCUAAAGCCUCUGGUGGCCCGCCGAAAGCCGAGCCCAAAACAACGGAGGCGGGAGGGGGUGGUGAUGAAUGA